UAUUUUUAUUUUACUCCUUUGUAGAGAAAUACGUGCUUUGGAAGGGGACUAUAGAAAUCUAUGCAAUUUCUUUUUAGCAUAUGUGAAUUUAUUCGUUUAGCCUAGGUGACUAUACCAUAAAAGCAAGUGUUGACAUGGAACGUUUUCCUGAUCGGAGUGCAAAUGACUGUUGGGUGGUUGGACUCGAGCGCUUCGCUCUUGAUCCCGUUGGAGAAGACGAAGGGUUUUUCGAAAUUAGGACUGAAUGGUCUGAAAAAAGCAUAACGUAUGUGCGAAGGCGAUAUCACGAUCUAGUGAAACUUACAAAAAAGUUGAGGAAAUCAUUUAAAGGGGACAGAGAGAGUUUCACUGAAUCACUGAUGCUUGAGGCACUACAGAGGAUAAAAGAAGCAGAAGAAAACAAUGACAUUGAAGCCAGGUUGGAUGAGGUGGAAAAAUUAUUGAGGAAUAUAAUCAAACUGCCACAAAAGUACUCCCAGUCUGAGGCAGUUCUUACAUUUUUCAAGAUUUCUCCUCUUGACUACACUUUGAAAACCAUGUAUGAACCAGUCCAGUCUCUCUACCAGAGUCCUGUCACUGUAGCCGAUGUCAGGAGGGCCAAUGGUUUUUGUUUGGCCAAUACAGAGACUGUUAUUUUUGAUGCAUAUUUACUAGAGGAAGGAGUUGAAUCAUCUUCUGUGCACUCUUCAAAAUACAGCUUUGACAUUGAGGCCCAGAAAUGGACAGGGGAAAAAAAUCUAAAUGGGAUCAGAUGUGACAAGGAAAAUGGGCACAAACCUCGAAUGGGCACCAUGACCCCAGUUCUGACUCCUAGUGCUAAUGAAAGUAAAGAGUCAGACUGUCACCCUAAAAAAUCACAGAUCACCACCAGAAACCUGACCUACCUCCACCUACAAGCCUGCGAGACAGACAUCCUCGAAUGACAUAGUGAGAUGGAUCAAAGAAUUACAGUAUAAGGCCCUGACAUAGGCCUUCUGUCCGACUUUCUAUUCUGAAAGACUGCGAAAAUGUUUUCCAGUUCUGGAAAUGAAAGAACUUUUAAGAAUAUUUUUUUUUAAUACAAAUAAUUCAAUUCUAAAAGAUAAAGAUUUAUUUUAAAAUAUAUAUUUAUAUACAAAUAUUAUUAUAAACUUAAGAAAAAACUUAAGUUAACAAAACUAGCUCUGAUUAAUUGAUCUCUUUUAUUUCUUUUUAACUUGUUACCAAUUUUUGUUUUUCAUUUUCAUAUGCUGGCAUGUCGAAACCAUAUAAAAUGUUUUAUCUGAUGAGGGAUAUCUUGAAACAGCUAAUUUUAAUAAAGUCAAACAA